ACUCCUCCGGUUAUCCACGCUCCGAUUGUGCAUUUGACACGAGCUUUUUUUUAGUAUGAGCGGUGCGAUGAAUUAUGUUUGAUUGGGUGGCCUGAAUUGUGCCAUCUGGAGAAGAAUUUGAGCCAGUUGGCAACCAUAUGCUGCUCUACAUGCCACGUUACUGAUCGUUAAAACUUGGAGCCUAAAAACUGAAAGAACAAGAUUAGUUUUUGAAAACGUGAAAUUGAAUAAUUUUGGAGAUAGAAGUUGAAAGAUGGCAGAGGAAUCGCCAAGAGCCAUGAGAUUGAUGAAUUUCAUAUCGGAGGAACAGUUGGAUGAGGCUAAGAAAACAAGGGGUGAGCGGGUUGAUGACGGCACUGCGCAGAGAGAUAGGCCUCUGUAUGAGAUUUUGAAGGAGAAUAAAGACAAGCGAGAUGCAGAAUUCAAUGAGCGGUUCAAGCAUAGACCUCCUAAAGCUUUGGAUGAAGAUGAGACUGAGUUUCUUGAAAAAUUGGAGAUGUCAAGAAGGGAAUAUGAGCAGCAAAUGGCAGUUGAUGAAGCAGAACAGCUCCGAAGUUUCCAAGCAGCAGUUGCUGCACAAUCUACAAUUGUACAUGAAUUGAAGGAAAAACCACCUAUCCCUGUAGUUGAGGAACAGAAAACAGUUGGGAAGAAGAAUCUGCCUAGUCGCCCAUUAAGCAUGAUCAUUAAGGUCAAACCACAAGCUAAGAAAGCAAAAGUAGAUGAGGGAAAUGUUGAACCUUCAGACAUUGGUAAAACACCUAAUGUUGAUAUUGAAAAAUUUUCAGAGCAAGUGAAAACACAUAAUGGUGAUGUUAACGAGUUGAAUAAUGUUGCUAAAACCGGUCUUGUGUCGUACAGCGAUGAAAGUGAAGAUGAUGAUUAACAUGUUUGCUACUCAUAUUGUGGAUAUUUAUCAUUAUUUAAUUUAGUUUUCUUAAAUUUGCUUUGCUUCA